GUUGAUAACAACGGGAAUUCCUUGAACAGAGUAAUAUGCAUCGUUGUUAGUGCGCAUUUUAUAUGCCAUUCACAAAAGUCAGUGGAAAUUUUGCGUUUGAUCGAAUAAUAUUUUUCUACGCCGUGAAGGGAUUAUUCUUCGAAUUAGGGCUUGCCCGUUGGGCACUCCCGGCCCAAGAGCAUUCAGACAUGUCGAUUAGGAUAAUCGCACAACGUCUAUUGCAAAAUGGUCGAGUUGUUUUACGAUCGCUCCGAAAUAACGAGCAAUAUUAUUCAGGCUCCUAUGCAAAAGGUCAACUCGACAAAAUACACGUUGUUCCAGUAGGCAAACCCCUGAGCCAGCUGCCUCAGGGCAGUAGCAAUGUCACUCAUGCUAGAACCCAUCUUGCUUAUCUUGGAGCUCAAGCACGAAGGCUAUUUGUUGACAAUAUCUUAAGAAGAGUCACAAACAGCCUUGCUGGUGAUUUAAGAAGAAAAGCAGCUAGUCGUUUACUUGGUGGUGAUUCUGCACCAUUUUUUGCGCUUGUUGGUGUUUCUUUGGCUUCAGGAACAGGUAUCUUAACUAAAGAUGAAGAAUUGGAGGGAGUAUGUUGGGAGAUUAGAGAGGCUGUAUCAAAACUACAGUGGAUGAAACCUCAAAAUGAUCAAAACUAUGAAACAAAUGAAGUUGAGAAAGAAACAGUAAGUCUGAAAGAUUUAGUUGUUGGUCCACCAAUAGCUAAAGGGUGUUCUGCAGUAGUUUAUGCAGCUCGGAUUAAGGAAUCAUCUGAUAAUAACUCUAGUGAAGGUCCAGUUAUUACCCAGAGCAAAGAUUUAUCAUCAUUUCCUUUGGUUGUAAAAAUGAUGUUUAAUUAUGAUGCUGAAUCAAAUGCAAUGUCAAUUAUCAGAGCAAUGUAUCGCGAAACAGUGCCAGCUAGAAAAUAUGAUCGAUCAGAAUUAGCUGAUUGGGAACAACGAAUGGCUGAUAACAAACGGAUUUUACCUCCGCAUCCCAAUAUUGUGGCUAUGUAUCAUGUCUUUGCUGAUCGAAUUCCUUAUCUACCUGGUUCGUCAGUAAUGUAUCCUGAUGCUUUACCUACCCGUCUUAAUCCAGAAGGUUCUGGAAGAAAUAUGAGUUUAUUUUUGCUAAUGAAAAGGUAUGAUACUACGUUGAAACAAUAUAUGAUCGAUCAUCCAGUAAAUAUUCAAGAAUCAAUUUUAUUAUUUGCCCAGUUGUUGGAGGGUAUUGCACACAUGAAUAUUCAUGAAAUAGCGCACAGAGACCUCAAGAGUGACAAUAUUCUUCUAGACGUAUCAGAAGAAUCAGAAAAUUGUCCAUCUUUAGUUAUCAGUGACUUUGGUUGUUGUUUAGCAGAUAAACAUCAUGGUCUUUAUCUUCCUUAUAAUUCUCAUGAUGUUGAUAAAGGUGGCAAUGCAGCAUUAAUGGCUCCAGAAGUUGUUACAGCUGAACCUGGCCCAUUUACAAGUAUUAAUUACACCAAAGCUGACUUAUGGACUGCAGGAACAAUUGCGUAUGAAAUCUUUGGAGCUGAGAAUCCAUUUUAUGGUGGGAAAAAUCAUAAAUCAGCAACGUUAAGAAAUUAUAAUUAUUCUGACGAUGAACUUCCUGCACUCCCGGAGAAUACUCCUUCCAUUAUUUCUUCACUUGUCAAAAACAUUUUGAGCCGAAACUUAUACAAACGUUUAACUGCAGAAAUGGCAGCUACUGUGAUACAAUUGUACUUAUGGGCUCCAAGUUCAUGGCUUCAUAAAAAUAAAAAACCUUCUAGUGAUGAAAUUCUCCAAUGGCUUUUAUGUUUAACUACUAAAGUACUCUGCGAAGGGCGAGAAUUCGAAAUACUCCAAUCGACUACGACCUCUGAUACUUCCAAACAGUCUCAACGUAAUAAUUAUCAGAGAAUGAUAUCAACACGUGGCAAUGGUAGACGUACGAUGCCUGAGUAUCAACUGAUUGCAAAUUUUCUGGGUAGAGUCAGUCUCUAUAAUGUUCAAGAAGGAUUAAGAUGGAUUUAUAAAAAUACAGUAUCUCAAGGCGCUUAGAGGUUUUUGUUAUCUUUAAAAAAUAGUUUGGUAAAAUUUCAAUUAAUGUUAUAUAUUUUAUUUAGUUUCUGUCAAUGUUAAUUUAUUUUUAAGCUCAAUUGGUAUACCUGUAUUACGUUUUUAAAUACAGUCGGUCUAUUAUAUGCGCUAGAGGGGGAAAAACAUACUAAAGGGGAUUUAAAAAUAUUUUUCUAUCUUCAAAUAAAAUCAGGUAUAUUUAUUAAUCAACUUAAACAUCAUUAAUAAAACUUUCUGAUGCGAUGGAUUAAUUAAUAUUCAUCUUCACUCUUCUACACAAUAUCUUGCAUAGCAAUGAGUGAAAAUUACGUUCUGAUAAUAUUAAAAGAAUGAAAGUAUUUUUAUAGCAAGUUAGGAAUGUUGAUAAAAAGAAAAAACGACUAUAUGAAAAUACAAGAUUGAUAUAAUUUCAAAUAAUUAAAAAAAA